AUGAGUAUAAGUUGGUCGUCACCAAUGCUUGUCAAAUUAGCUGAUCCCUCACAGACUCCACUCAGUCGUCCUAUCACAGACAAUGAAGGAUCUUGGAUCGUAUCCAUGGGAUAUCUUAUUAGUGCCUUUUCAAACGUUAUAGGCAGUUUCCUAUUAGACAAAAUAGGCAGGAAAUACAGUGUACUUGUGUGUGCGGUACCGAAGCUAUCUAUGGCGUUCUUCCUUAUAUUCGUGACAGAAGUAUGGAUGGUAAUAUUUGCACGAGCGGUCAUGAUGUUAAACGACUGUUUCUUGUUUUGUGUCGUUCCGGUUUACGCAGCUGAAAUUGCUAGUAUAACACAACGUGGUUCUCUUGGAACAUUCCUUCAGUUAUUUUCUUCCCUGGGGGUUGUAAUUACUCUGGCUGUGGGUCCGUUUGUAUCCUACUAUACAUUCAGUUAUAUAUUACUAGCUAUGGUAGCUAUUACUACUAUACCAGUGUUCUUUUUACCUGAGAGUCCAUUCUUUCAAUAUUCUAAGGGAAAAGCAGAUGAAGCAUUAAAAACACUAACAAGAAUACGUGGUUCGGAAACACAAGCGAAACUAGAAUUGGACGACUACGCAAAAUCUGCUGAGAAAUCAAUAAAAAUCAGUAAAGUCGAGUUAUUAAAAAACAAAAUAUUCUUGAAAUCCCUCCUGCUGUGUUUUCUUUUGUAUGGGGGUUCGCAGAUAGUUGGUUUCAAUGCUGUUUCGUUUUAUUUGCAAACAAUAUUAAUUUCAACAAAGACAAAUGUUGCUCCAGAAGUUGCGUCAGUGGUUAUUGGUGUAAUUCAGACAAUGGGUAGUUUAUCAGUCACUCUGUUGACGGCAGUACUCGCGAGAAAACACAUCUUGAUACUUUCAUUGAGUGGCAUGUUUAUUGGAAUGAUCGGCUUGGGAGUAUUCUUUCAACUAUGUGCCCCGGAAUUUAAUGUUACUGGAUUUAUGAAUUAUCUACCAAUAAUUUCUUUAAUAUUUGUAGUCUACUGCUAUUCAGCUGGAUUUGGCUCCUUGAUCUGGCCAAUUGGUGCAGAAUUAUUCGAAGGACCAUCAAGAGCCUUUGGUACAACAUUAGGGCUAGUGGUUUGCCAAUUAACAAUUUUCGCAACAGCUAAGUACUUUCUCGAUAUGACAUCAGCUCUAGGUCCGGCGUCGACAUAUUGGUUUUUUAGCGGAAUGUGUGUCAUUGUUGCCAUUUUAAUUGCGGUAUUUUUACCCGAAACUAAGGAUAAGACAUUUAGUGAAAUUCAGGAUUCGUUGGGGAAAACUGAAAAGGGUGUAAGCUAA